CCAGCUGUAAUUUCUACUGGUUUUCCUAUUUCCCUAAAACAGCCAAACCGCCUUUACAGUUUCAACCAUGGCACAGGAUCCCCGAGUCCUACUACAGAAGGCAGAUAAAGCACUUCAGAGUGCUUCAGGUGGAUUCAGCCUUUUCGGUGGGCGAACGGAAAAAUACGAAAACGCUGCAGACCUCUAUUCACAAGCCGCCAAUGCUUUCCGGGCACAGAAGAUGAAUAAGGAAGCGGGCAUGGCGUUUGAGAAAGCUGCCACUGUUUUCACCACCAACCUGAACGAGCCAGACGAUGCGGCCAACCUCUUGACUGAGGCGUUUAAAGUAUACCGAAAGACAGACCCCGAAGACGCAGCCCGAGUGCUGCAGAUUGCCAUCCAGCAUUAUAUUUCUAAGGGAAACUUCAGACGGGCUGCGACCCACCAACAAAACUUAGCUGAAAUAUACGAGGUAGAAAUUGGCGAUGAAGGACGAGCGUUGGAAGCCUAUGAAAAGGCCGCGGAAUGGUUCGAAGGAGAUAACGCGGAAGCGCUAGCGAACAAGCAUUAUCUCAAAGUCGCAGACCUUGCCGCGCUCAAAGGAGAUUACUACAAAUCCAUCGAGCACUACGAACGCGUUGCAAAAUCCUCCAUUAACAAUAACCUGAUGAAAUAUUCCGUGAAAGACUACUUCUUGAAAGCUGGCAUCUGCCACCUUGCGUCAAAUGACCUCGUCGCUACCAAUCGUGCUCUCCAAAACUAUAGAGACCUCGAUAACUCCUUCACAACGACUCGCGAACAUAUGCUCCUCGUUGAUUUGGCGCAGGCUGUUGAGCAGGGCGAUGCAGAGUCUUUUGGCGACAAGUUAUUCCAAUACGAUCAGUUAAGCAAGCUGGAUAAGUGGAAAACAGCAAUAUUACUCCGUGUCAAGAACAGUAUCGAAGAGCCUGGGGAAGACUUUUCAUGAAUUUUACAUUUUGAUUCGCCGUAAUUUUCUUUUACUCUUUUACGCUAUUCCCGCCUACCUUCGCCCAUCUCAAACGCUUCAUCCACUCUUUCCUUGCUCAGUCGUUCCCGCUACUUUCUCUUGCUCCAAGUCCCUGUUCCUUACAGCUAGUUUUGCUUGUUGCGGACCUCUGGCGCUUUAGAAGAUUAUCCUUCCGUGCUUUUUUCAUCUUUCUCUUUUUGGGAAUUCCAAAGGGUAAAAUAAUAACAAGGAAUAUUACUUGUUAUUGAUAUUGUCAUUUUUGUUGCCUGUUAGGAACGAAGUGACUCCAGUUUUAAUUCUAGUUCGGAUUCAACGCUUAACGGACGAUGAUCUACGAUCUACAAAACAAAUUUAAUAAAGCGAGGUUGAAAAUUUC